GCUAUCCAAAUUCCAAAGCUUUCUGUCUUCUCUCCUCCUCCCUCUAAGCCCAGUCACCUCUCUGUAAAGAAAAGAUAGCCCACAUCUCUUUCUCUAAUCUCUCCUUCUUGAGUCCUUGAAAUACCAAAGUCUCUAAGCAGUCCAUCUAGGUCGAUCUAGCUUUGAUUUUUUCUUUUCUUUUCUUUCUUUUGUUUUUUUUUUUCCUAGUUAGAAAGCCUUAAGGAGCGCCUUACCUUUUGUUAACACACCAUAAGCUGUCAGGUAUCAAGCAUCAAUUUCUCUGCUUUUCUCUUUCUCGUGAGCAAAGUAAUGAUAAUGAAACUGAAGCUCACGAGCUAAAAUAUUGGACUUGAAAGAAAGGAAAGAAAAUGGUUGCUUAUGAUGGUGGCUAUAAUGUUUGGCCACCAGCAGAAUCUCCAUUGUUAAAUGUGCAAAGAGAGGAUCAACUCUGGAGACAUUUUGACAAUUCAGUUAAUGCUGUGUCUUUUGGGUUUGUAGCUACUGCCAUUCUCAUUUUAAUGUUCUUGGUUAUGGCCAUCUUUGAAAGGUUUCUUGGACCCACUUCAGGUAGAGGUGGCCAUGGUGAUCUUGAGUCUCAAACGAGGUUCAAUUCUAAGCUUGGACACCCUUCACCAAAAAUGACUGUAUAUGCAAAUGGAGUCUCUGUGUUGAUGCCUGGAGAUAACAUUCCCACCUUCAUAGCACUUCCAGCACCAGUGCCUUGUCCUCCCGAACGCCCCUCCUACCCUCACAAUCAACAACAUAUCAAUCAAUUACCGAAUCCCACUGCCAACCCUGACACAAACUCAAGCUCGAGUUCGAUCUCAACACAACAAAACUAGACAUGAAAAUGCCAUCGUAAAACCCAAUACAAUCGAUCACAAACUUGGCAAAAGUUCGAUGGCUCACAGACCAUCCUGUCUGGAUUUAAGGCUUCUGUUUAUGUCAUGUAUGUUUGACAUUAGUUUUUGAAUGAGUUCGCAGCAUUGGCAUGUACUCAUUUUCGAAUCAGCAGAGAAGCUUCCCUCCCCAGGUUCAUCUUGCUUUAUAUAAGUAUGUGAAAGUUUUCUAGGUGGGAUUGGAUCCCCGAAGAUGGAUUGUUUUUCCUGUCAAAAGGAUCGUUGCACUUGUAAAAAAGAAAUAUUAAGGAAUGUAAUUAUUCUUGAGUACGAAAGAAGUUUAAGGGCCUUACCCUACACAUGUUAAGGAUUCAGUUUUAAGAAGAUAAUUCAAAGUUAUGCAUUGGCAAGA